AUGUUUAAGCACAAUUAUCAGGGGGGAGCUGGGGUGGAGGUUUUCAGUGGACAAGGUAAAGACCCCGUGGCCAAGUGGAAACUUUAUGGAGGCCAGUCUUCCAUACGGAAAGAGUAUGACAAAGGGGUCAAAGGAUUUGUUUACUGUCUGGAGGGGAGCAGCAAGUCUGUGAAGAUGCAUUUGCCAGAGAAUGGGAAAAUGUCAUUGGGACUUCUUCAAAGAUUCUUGGCCAUUCAAGUGAAUAUUCCUGAGGGCAAAGACUUUUCUAUGGAGCUUGUAAUAACUGAUGUCGGCCACCUGAAACGGCGACUGUACUUAUCGACCGUGCAUAAAGAGUUGUCUGCCACACUCUGGCAUGCAAAACUACCUCUGGCAGGAGUGAAACGCAAUAUUUGGACCACAUUGUUUGUCGACCUGGUGUCCUUCACGGGGGAGUUAUUCAAGGCCACUGGAUUUUUGUCCUUGGAUGGCAUCACCUUGUUUGCCAAUUGUAAAGUGCGAAGAAUCUUCACUGUGAAAACGGAACCAACUGUAAUGACAAGUGAUGGUAUGUUCUUUAAUGGGGCCGGUGUUAUGGAUCAGAUCCCUCGCAGCUGCCAGUUUCCACCAAAUGUUUGCCACGAGUGUCAGGUUCUGAACAUGAGCGUCUUGCGGAAGGCCAAUUUGAAAACAACUCAAGCGAACACAGACUGUGGACCUGACCAGCAUCCUGCUGUCAGAUCAACCACUUCUUACAGAAGCAAGCCGCAGGCAGCUCCACACACAGCCUCAGGCUCGAGAGCCGAUGCAGCGGCAACACAUGCUAGUAAAAAAGGUGGCCCCGCUGCAAAUGGGAUGGAAAAAGGAGAACCCUCCACUGAAAAAACGGCAUACUUAAAUCCGACACACCAGCAAAUUAAUGUGGAGAUUGAAGAUCCAGAAGCAUCACACCUUCAUCAAGAGGGAGCACCCUCCAGCUUGCAGCCGCAUCCUCCAGAAGGCAAAGUGCUCAACAAGCAAGCAUCUGAGAGGAGAAAGUUACGAGUCCAAAGCACAGCAGCAGAGAGGCUCCAAGCACUACUGGAUCCUGCUAAUGUUAGCCACAGCAGGAGAAACGAGUCCAGGGAGAAACACAGCCCUCCAUCAAGUGGACUGGAGAGCAGACAAGAAACUUUGACCCCAAAAGAAACGGCACAGGUUCUAAAAACAGACGAAUUCAGUUUAAAUUCACCAGAUGCAAGUUCACCCCCACCGACGCUGGCAGAGCCUCUUCCCAGCUCGACCAGGCCCGCUUCCCCUCGUGACCCGCAGGUCCGGAGCUGCUGGGAGAGUAAUGAUGAGGAGCCAGAGCUACAGCUUGCUCUGCAGGAGGAGGUGUUCACUUUCGUGUCACCGCCCCACUCACCCGAAAGAGGCCAAGGCCGGGGUAAGCAGAAGAUGGAGAUGAGAGACGAUCAGGUUCAAAGCCCAAAUGGGACACGCAGUGAGGCCCCGCCUGAAGAUGAUUUCAUUGGCAGUGAAAGUGAUGAGGAAAAGGGCUACAGUGCAUUCCCACAUCUGACACCAAGUGGAGACUCCAAUCCUGACUUAUCCCAAUGUCUUGAUCUAAAUUUGGAACUUAAAGUCGCAGAGUAUCAAAACACUGAGCAAACAUCGUUUGAAGAUCUUUCUCCAGCUGCCGGUGACCUGCACCUGCAGUCUCUAUCUAGCAAGACAGCAGAAAAUGAUGGGAUGGCUCCCAGACCCUGUCACUCAUCCCGUGGUAACAGACAGGAUGAGAGGUGUGGGCCAAUUGAAGUAGAAGAAGGAAACCAGGCGGUGGAUGGGAAAAACGACAUAACCCUGUCAAGGAGCAGUCUUCGAGAAGUCAUAUUGGAUGACCCACUGAAGGAGGAAGACAACACAAGCCAGCCUAGUGAUUCUGGUGAUUGGCACUUAGACCCAACCAGUAGCCUACAAUUGUACAUGGUGGAUGAUGAUGAGCUCCAAAUGCUUGCGAGUCUAAAAAGGGAGCAGGAGGAAGAUGAACACAAAGCCUCGGGCCUCACUGCAUCGCAGAUCCACCAGUGUAACGUCAGCAUGAGUCUAAGCAGUGAGGACACGUCUACCUGGACGCACAUCUCCAUGCCAGGUAAUCAAGGUCAGCACUACCAGAAGGAAAUGAACCCGUUCCAGUGCUCAAACCCAAGGGAGUGGAUGGAUGUGCUCAGCCCCCCCAUUCUGCCUCCUAGCAGCCAGAGAAGGUCAGACAACACAAGUAACCAUCGUCAGGAUCUAAUCCGAGGAGGGAAGGAGUCUGAAAAUGAAGAGAUGGAAGACGAGUAUUUAAAUCUGCUCUAUGAUCCUUGCCUCAACUGCUAUUUUGAUCCAGAGACGGGGAAAUACUAUGAACUAGCUUGA